AUGCCAAAGUUUGUGCCUUCCUUUCCUUUUUCGUCCCUCUCACUGGACGCUGAUAGUCAACGGCAUGUCGGCCAUAAGAAGCCCCGGGUCAAUCUCCGGUCCCAUGCCUCUGGGCAGUACCACUGCGGUGGAGGACAACCGCGCUCAGCAUCCGGAAGCAGUAGUCGACUAAGGAGAGACAGACGACGGAGCAGAUCCAUUACACCUUCCUCGCCCUCCUCGCCAACCCUCCCGCACGCCAGCCUAAGUCACAACUCGAGGGCUCCACCGCGCCGGGAUUCGGUUUCCACAGUCAGCACCGCACCGCCACCUUACACCGCAGAACCUGCUCGCAGAGAAGUCCAACUUGCCGAGGCUCCACCCCCACCUGUCCCGCCACGGGACUACCCCGGAGCAUCUUCAUCUUCGUCAUCGUCGAGUCCACGUAAUUAUGGAUACCCUCGAGAAAAGAAGGGGUCCAUUAGUUUUGGUCAAGCCGGGGAGACUGUCCAGUCGUCCCACCAACGUACCUCCUCGCACUCGAUACUCGUCAGGCCAUCUACGCGGCCCAUGUCUCAAGGACCAAGACGCCCAAUGCCCGGGUUGAUUUCAACGGCUCCACCACCCAUGCCUGGCGGUUUCAGAGCUGAAAUGCUCGCGAUGGAGGACGGGAGACGAGCAAGCGGUGACUCGGGUAUCGAUUGCGAUAGCCCUGAGGAUACCGAAUUCCCCAACACUAGCGGCGAGCAUGGUCCGAUAUUUGACACGGAGCGGAGAGCUCAUGCUCAGGGGAGGAAUACCACAACUUGGGAUCGCGUACAUACACCUGUGGUAGUGUCGAGUCGAAGAGGGUCCAAAGAGGACCCGUUGGACAUGCUAAGGCGCUACAAGACCGUGAUGAUUGUCGACGACUCGAGUUCGAUGGAGGGCACUUCGUGGACCGAGGCGCGAGAAGCCCUCGCAGGACUUGCGGAUGCGGCCGCGAAAUACGACCAAGAGGGAAUCGAUGUGCAUUUCUUAAACGACGAGCGUGUGGGUAUAAAUAUGAAGAAUGGCGUUGAAGUUAAACGGCUGUUCGACUAUGUUCACCCAAACGGGAUAACCCCCACCGGCGAAAAACUCGAACAGCUUUUGCUCGCAUAUAUGGACCGGCUCGAGCGUGCGCGAGAACAGGACCCGGAAGGAGAGUUCAAGUUGAUUAAACCCAUCAAUUUUAUCGUAAUCACGGACGGCGCACCAACGGAUGAUCCUGAAAGCGUUAUAGUGUCCAUCGCACGACGGCUAGAUGUGGGCCACUUUCCGUUGAUGCAAGUCGGGAUCCAAUUCGUUCAAAUCGGAACAGCAGAGGACACUGCCGAAGCUCUACGUGAACUCGACGAUGGGUUGGCACAUCAACACGGAAUUAGGGACAUGGUGGAUACCACACCCUACACAGGAUCCGAAUUUAAUACCGAUCUUUUGGUCAAGAUUCUCCUGGGAGGUAUCAAUCGGCGUGUGGACCGGUACGGUGCUGCCGCCGUUGUCUGA